CUGGCCCUGCCAAAGGUAGCGAUAAUCAACGUGUACCACAUGGUUUUUGUUUCAAAUUCCAUCGUGGGUUAGAUUGUGCAAGUUGUGCUUUCAAACACACAUGCUUUCAUUGCCAACGCGAGCAUCGAGCGAGUCAGUGUAAUUUUUUUCGUACCCAAGGCAAAGCUUUUGGCAAAAACACACAAUUUCACAGACAAGCAGCUCCCCACUCCGGUAAAAGUUGAUCGUUUAGUAAUUUUUCUGGAAGGAUAUGAUCAGUUAUUAACUGAAUUUUUGACACAUGGUUUUAGUGAAGGUUUCCCUUUACAUUAUCAAGGCGCUUAUAAAUCAUUUAUUGCAAAAAAUUUAGUAUCUGCUUUGAGCAAUCCACAGGCAGUCGAUGCAAAAAUUUCAAAGGAAUUGUCGGCCUGUCGUUUAGCAGGUCCUUUUGAUAAACCACCCUUCCAAAAUUUUUGUGUAUCUCCUUUGGGAGUUGUUCCUAAGAAAGUGCCUGGCGAAUUUCGUCUUAUUCAUCAUCUUUCAUACCCACAUGGGUCAUCUGUGAACGAUGGUAUACAUCAUUGAGCAUUCAACUGUUUCUUAUUCUACAAUAGACGAUGCUAUAAAGCUUAUUAAGCAAUUAGGUCCAGGAUGUUUUAUUGCAAAAACAGACAUUAAAAAUGCUUUUCGACUAUUACCAAUUCAGCCGAAAGAUUAUCCUUUAUUAGGAAUAAUGUGGAAGGGGGUUUAUUAUUAUGAUCGCUGUAUGCCUAUGGGUUGCUCGAGUUGUUGCUCAACUUUUGAGAAGUUUAGCACGGCUGUUCAGUGGAUAGCACAAACCAAAUUGAAUAUCCAGUAUAUGUUACAUUUACUAGAUGAUUUUUUAUUAGCUGCAAUGACUGAGAAAUUGUGUAGGGACCAGUUACAAUUAUUUCUGUUUUUAUGCGAUUAUUUGGGCAUUCCCAUGGUACCUGAAAAAACUUGUGGACCUUCAACGAAACUGUCUUUUGCCCUUCUACUUCAUCUUCGAGUACUUCGACAAAUGCACGACCAGUCACUUUCUCUGAAUUUUGUUCUCGCAAGGAGGGCGAUCGAAGCAAACAUUUUAAACAAAAGAAAGAUGGUAAAAGAAUCAAAUUACAUGAUAAAUCUGGGAAAUCAAGCGAAGUGAAAAUAAACAUUGGGAUUAUGACGAAAAGAGAAGAUGUGCUUGUUGUUAAAAGAGGUGUAACUCUCCCAGUAACAGUACGAACGAAUAUAAACUAUGAUGAAUUGAUAAAGAAAGCAGUAGAGAAACAUCACCGUUUCAAUAAAGACAUUAUAAGACACGACGACAAAAUGUUCUAUUAUCUCCUCUAUGGUGACAAGAAAAAAGCAGAUAAGCUGCCUGGUUGUGAUGAAGCAUUUUCCUUGAAAAGAUAUAAAGAGGAAAUUGACAAGCCGUACAGCCGAAUUACUUUAUUUUUGUGCUCUUGUACAGAUUAUAUGGCUAGCAUUUUUAAUGACCUCUUUGACUCUGAUUCAGAUCCUGAAAUUGAUCCAGCGAGCUACUGUAUGGAGCAAGAGAUGCCUGAAACCUUGCCUAGUGGUUUAUAUGCACCUCCACCAGUUGUGGUACAAGUAGAUGAUGAGCCUGAGUUAAAUACACAGGUACAACAACCUCAACCAUCAACAUCGAAAGAGGUACAGUGCCCAAUGUGCUUUUUGAUGUUUCCCAUGCAGCAUAUUCAAGAACACGCUGAUAACUGUUCGCCUUGGGCAGUGGAAUCAGAGCAGUCAGCAGAUUUGUCUGAAUGUGGAAUUUCAGCAGAAAUGGAAGAACCAGCAGAGCAGGUGUCAGAGUUAGAUAAGUCACAGUACAAGAGUUUGUUGAAAGAGGAGAUUGCGGGGUGUGCUACCCGCUUAUCUACAAAUGUGAAACGAAUAAACAUAAGAAGAAGAUUCUUAUGGGAAGAUUUUAAGGCUGCAAGGAAAAGUAGAAUUGGACCACUUUCUAAUUUGAAAGUGGUUUUUGUAGGCGAACCAUCUAUUGAUGAUGGUGGUCCUAAGAGAGAAUUAUUUUGUGGUAAGUCAUGUCAACCUCAUGGCAGUUAAUUAAAUUAUUAAAUCAGAGCCUGAAAUUAUUUCAACAUUUGUCCAUACAAAUCUCCAA